UAUGUAGAGGUGUACAGUGUUGUUUAGAUGUGCAUUAGACACAACUGUUAUAAUAUACUUAUGGUGUGGACGGGAAUAUCUGUCAGUACAGAUAGCAACUUAUCUCACUGGCUAGUGGGACUUAUUUCUACCUGUAAUGUAGGGAUGUUGGUGCACAUUUACUAGUAAGUUGACAGAUACAUUUGGUACAGAAAGAUAAUGGCUUCUCCUUUGUUGCAAUCAGAGGAAAAUUCACCUGCAGACUCUCCGAUAGCUUCACCACUUCCUAGCUUAGAAUCUGAAGAACAUGCUUGUCCUAUUUGUGAAGAGAAGCUUAACCAGCCGAAGGUUCUUGACUGUCUCCAUGUAUUCUGCCAAGCUUGUUUAGAAAAGGCAUUAGAAGAGCCUUCUGAUGGAGGAGAUGCUUCAUCUGGAUACAUAAAAUGUCAAACAUGCAAACAAGAGACGAAGGUCCCAACCAAGGGACUGCAGGACUUGCCAGCAGACUGUGUUACUGUGGAUCUGUUGGAGAUGUCCUCAAUCGAUGACAUGCAGAUAGUCUGCACCAGUUGUAAAGCCAAAGAGAAGGCAGUUGCCAGGUGCAGCGACUGUGCAAACUUCCUGUGUACUAACUGUGUAACGGCUCACCAGUUCAUGAGAUGCUUCGAUAAUCACAAGGUGGUUUCUUUUGAGGAAAUUCAGAAAGGAGAUGGACUUCCAAUCCACAAACCAAUUUAUUGUCCAACACACUCCUCAGAAACUAUGAGGCAUUUUUGUAGCACAUGUGAGGUCCCAAUCUGUAAUGAAUGUCUGCUAGCUGACCACAAAGCUCCAGAGCAUUUCUCUGAGAGAAUAACUGAUAUUGAGGGCAAGUUCACUGAUGAAAUCCAGAACCUGAUCACAGAGAGCAAGAGUAAAAUCAAGUUCUGUGAUGAGGCAUCAAGUACCCUGGAAAAUGCGCUUAGUGAGCUACAGAUGCAACGAGACAAUGCCAAGGGUCUGAUACACGAAACAUUCCAAAGCUAUAAAGCAAUGCUCGAGAAGAGAAGGGAUGAGUUAUUUCAAGAAAUGGAAGAAUUGCACUCGAAGCAAGAACUUGGUAUCAUGGACAUGUUUCACAACCUUGAAAAGACUGUGGAUAAAAUUGAAGAUGGCAGCAAAUUUGCAGAAAAGAUCGUGAAGCAUGGCAACGGAUUGCAACUGAUCAUGAUGAAAAAGAUGAUAUUGUCACAGCUUCUGUCCUUAAUCAACAACACCCCAGUACCAGAUGUUUCUAUUGCUGUCGAGUUUCAUACCGAUACAAAUGUCUUCCAAGAAGCUGUCAAGAACUGUUUUGGUUCUUUUUCCAAACCAGAGGCAAAGAUUGAGGAACAACAGUCAACAUCUCUGACAUCUUCCUUUGAGAAUGAAACCUUCAUGAAUCCAAGUAAUUUGUUGGGCCUCAACAAGUUUGACCGUACUAUUAUCCCCUCUUCCUCUGAUUUCAUGCAGAGUCCAAUGAUGACCCCUGCAUCCAUGAGUGAGACCAGUCUGCCAUGCAUGCCUCCCAUGCACAACAUGACGGGUGGGCAUGGGAUCAUGGCUACAGCUAUUACUGGAGGGUCACAGUCCUGUCAGGAACCUGUCAGUCUGUCCCGUAAUUCCCACAGCCCAGCCAUGUCCGACAGUGGUAUAUCGGUUGACACUGCCAGCAACAACAGCGGUUCUAGUGCACCAAUGCUGAACAACAUCCAGGCAUUGGCCAAACUUCAUCCAAUUGGGUUCAGUAAUCAAGGUAUGCCCCCAAAUUCCAGCGGAGGUACCCCUACUCCUAUAAGUCAUCCUGAUCCUGGAAUGAUGAUGCAUCAACCCCCCACCCCUCGCUCGCAGACCCCAACCCUCGACUCCAUCGUGGACAUGCUGCACCAAUCCCAAAACCCAAGCAGAGGUCUCAGCAGUAUGUGUGCUAGUGGCAGUAUGGGGAGCUUGGGCAGUGUCAACAGUAUUGGCACUAUGAGCAACAUGAUGAACCCCCCAGCUCCAAUUGGAACUGAACGAAGUACGAGCAGUGUCAGUCCUACCGGAAGCUCCAUCAACUACCCACCACCUGUACGCAGGGGUAGUAAAAUGAGUGCUAUGCAAAUAAGGUGCAAAUUUGGACAAUUAGGCCCAGGAAAAGGUCAGUUUAACUCUCCACAUGGAUUCUGUUUGGGAAUGGAAGAAGACAUAAUUGUGGCCGAUACAAACAAUCACCGUGUUCAAGUGUUCGAGAAAACCGGUGAAUUCAAGUAUCAAUUUGGUAUCCCAGGGAGAGAGGAGGGCCAGCUCUGGUACCCACGCAAGAUAGCUGUCAUGAGAAGCAGCGGAAAAUAUGUGGUUUGUGAUCGUGGAAAUGAGCGUUCGCGCAUGCAGAUGUUUACACGCAAUGGACAUUUCGUGAAAAAGAUAGCUAUCCGUUACAUUGAUAUUGUUGCUGGCUUGGCCAUCACCUCGCAAGGACACAUUGUGGCAGUGGACAGUGUGUCUCCAACAGUCUUCUGCAUAGCCGAAACUGGAGACCUUGUCAAAUGGUUUGACUGCAGUGACUACAUGAGGGAACCCUCUGACAUAGCAAUAAGUGGCAAGGAAUACUUUGUCUGCGACUUCAAAGGUCACUGUGUAGUUGUCUUCAAUGAUGAUGGUGCAUUUGUUCGUCGAAUUGGCUGUGAAAAUAUCACCAAUUAUCCAAAUGGGAUAGAUAUCAGUGAUGCUGGGGAUGUCCUCAUUGGCGACAGUCAUGGCAACAGAUUCCAUGUGGGGGUGUUCCAACGUGAUGGCUCUCUGAUUGGUGAAUUUGAGUGUCCCUACGUGAAAGUCAGUCGUUGCUGUGGACUAAAGAUCACUUCAGAGGGUUAUGUGGUGACCCUUGCUAAGAAUAACCAUCACGUUUUGGUACUAAACACUUUGUAUAUUACUUAAGAACUUGGUGAACACUGGUGACUAUCCUGUAGUUGACAAAACAGCUAUUGCUGUAUUUCACUAGGGUGUUGUUGACAACUCGUGCCCAUGAUAAGUAGUUGUAGCCACAUGUUAAUGGUUUUUUUCUUUCCCUUUUUUGUUUUUGUUUAUUUUUCAAGUUUACAUUUACUCCCCUUUUUUCAUUUUAACAAGUAUAAUUUAUAUUCCAGAUGAAUUACAGUAACAUGUUUACGUCGACAACCCGGUCUUGUUUUGAAUCAGAAAAAGUGAAGAUAAUGACAUCCUUCAAAUAAAAACUUACCAGUUAUUUUCAAGUUGGGUUUGAUAUAUGGAAGCAGAUUUUGUUUUUCUUCUGACUAACAACAAAAAUUGUUCUCACGUGUGUUGUAAAAUUACUAGCUAUGUAAUCGGAUUCAUUGAGCAAUGAAAAAUACACGUUUACACUAAUUCUGUAGUUAAAAAAAAUGUAAAAAAAAAACACUCAAAAAACAAAGACAGCUUGAAGCUAUUUAUUAAUGGCUUUAGGAUAUAGAGCAUUAUGUAUACAACACAUGCUUAUCUCUAGUCACAUACUCGACCCUUUAUUAAUGAUAUAACAUGACCAGUUUUUUGCUGUGCCUUAAAGGGAUUAUGAUUUUUUUUCUUUGUUAUAUUUUAUCUGUGUUCAUUCUAAAAUAAUGAUGGCUUUACAAUGAGAUCACAUAUUUUGAAUGGUGAUGUUUAAAAGAUAUAUGUAUAUGUCUUAGUUGUAUACUUUUUAACUGGUUAUAUUACAUUUAUAUAUAGAAUGCAGAUUGCUCAUGUCUUCAUACAUGGUUAUUAUUAUGUAUAUUAACAUUGGUAUGUACCCACCAUUAUGCAUACUGUAGUAUAUGGUAUCAUAAUCAAAAUAUUGUUGAUUUGUUUACUGAAUUAUUCCUAUAUGGGUUCAUGCCGUAAGUAACCCAAGGGCCAUUAUUACAUGGUGAUAAUUAAAUAUAUAAGUUCUGUUUCUUUUUUUUCUCCAAAGGUAUUCCGGAUGUAUAUUUUAUCCAACUAAUUUUUGACUGCAGUUUAAAUUUAAUUAGAAAAAGGAAAUGUGUCUCCCUUUUGAGCACAUUUUUACAAUCUACUUAUUUAGUCUCACAUUGUUUCAAACUUUUCAUUAUAUGACAAUCUAGUUUUAGUGGUUACAACGAGCUUUUCAUGUUUUGAAGAGACAUUUGUCUUAAUGUUCAUGUUCUCCAAUGUUUGAAGAAUUGUAUUAGAAUGUUACAAAAUGUACAAAAAAAAUUUUGAGAAAUUAUUUUAUUUGAAUGCUUUCAAAUUUUGACAGUUUGCAUUUAAAGAUGUUUGAUUGUUCCUAUUCCUGUACUUUUCAGGUGUUUGAUGUGAAUAACGGUUUGCAUAUUUCUUUGCCAAGAAUCUUUCACAUUAUUGUAAAUAAGGGUAAUUUACAACAAAAAAAGUUUAAUUAUUGUUGAUUUAUUUGCUGUUGUUGUUGGGACAGGUUUUUCGAAAUUGCUCACAAACCUGUGGCAAUUGUCAGCAGCAUUUUUGUCCUGUGUAGUUUUUGACCCGGAAAGUGCCAUCUCUAGUGAUUACAAGAUUUGUCGGUAUUGCAUAUGAUGAAACGGAAAUCAUCCUUGCAAGCAUUAACAGCAAUGUGAUUGCAAAUACCUUGCAAUUAUACAUAUUUUUUAUUUGUUCUCUAUUCCUGUCGUUUUCAUUUAUAGAUUUGAUUGAGAAUCCUAUUUACAUACAAUUAAUAAUGUUGAUAUUAUAUGUUUGGUCUUGGUCUAAAUAGUGAUUGUUAUUCAUAUAUGAUUUGAUAUCUCCCAAUUUUCUCAUGCAGGGUCUAAGGUAUUGGAAACGUGUUUCAUUCAGGCGUGUUGGAUAAAUAUUUGUUUUACUUGUAAAUAUUUUUGUGGUGAUACAAAACUACAUACCAGAGAAAGUGGACUUGAUGCUAUUCAUGAGAAAAUAAUGUUAGGAUGAAUUUAUUUUUUUGAUCUUCAAAUUUCUUUUACAUAUACAGCUGUCAAAUCAAAAUACUGAGAGAGAAAAAAAUAAACAUCUAAGCGAUUGCAAUAAACUAGUAAUAAUUGACCCUGCUGAUUUUUUUUUUUACAUACAGGUGAUUUUAUCACGAAAUAUGUAUGUUUGAGGGACCAGUAUCUAGUAGAUUCUAUAUUGUUUUGUGCUAGUGAGCCUGUGUAUAGCCGAUAGUGUGAGUGAGGGAGUGAAAUAUAUAUAUACAUAUUAUUACAGUACAGUAUACUUUGGUAUAUAUAUAUAUAAAUAUAGAUGGAUUGGAUAACUAAUCUUUUGUCUUGUAUUCGGAGAUAUUUUCAGACACAAUAUAUAUAUAUGGACAACUUUUGAAACUUUUUAUUUAUGCUCAAUUUCUGAAUAAUGCCUAAACAUUAAAGGCAAGUUUAAUAUUUAUACCAUACCUCUAAUACUGUAUGAUAAAUAUUAUACCUCGCUCCAAAACAUAAUGCUAGUUUCAUUAAGACAUGCAAAUGGUUGCCCAUCUAAAAAAUGUUUUUUUGGAAACCUAUACUGGAAAAUACAAUGCCAUAACUUAAAAAAUGACUAAUAACUUUAUGAUAAUAUUCUAUGCAGGAGAGGACUUUCUUCACAAUUUCAUGUAAACUGAAAAAGAAAAAGUACCUGGAAUUCACUAUAGAAAAAAUGUUAUUAUACAAGGUACAUGUAUUGAGGCUUGCAUAUAUGAUACAAAUGUUUUCACUGGAGAUUGCAGCCAUACGUUUUGAUUGAAAUACAUAGCUUUCAUUUGACAGAAAGAGUUAUAUAAACCAUACCCAUAGGGUAUGUAUAUCAGAUGAGGUAAUUAGUUUCGGCAUGAGCAUCCUUGAUCCGGUCUGUUUUGGUCAUUUUUACUGUGGUCAACCGAUUUUGAGCGAUUUCAUGAGUAUAAAUGCAUUAAAUAAAAGUUUUGAUAAACUUAACACAUUUUGAAGAAAUUUUGCUGCAAUCUUCAGUGUUACAUUAUUUGCCAAUUUAUGCCCAAAGGAGAUUUUUUUAAUCAUCUGUUAAUGUUGAUUAAAUCAAGUGGUUUAUAAAUAUCACAUAUAUAUUUUUUAUUUGAAUGGUAUGUUGUAUGAAGCAGGGCACAUGAAGGGUUAUUUACAAUGAGUAUUGUUUACUUGAAAAAUAUAACCUACUUUCACUUUAAGAAAAUGAGAGUUAAUCUUGUGGAGAAAAAUACACCUGUGCAGUUGUGCUACAAGAUAUUAAGAAAAAAUUACGAGACCCUCACUGAUUUCUCAUUUUACAUUCAUUUUUAAGGAUCUCAAAAAGUGAAUCAAAGUAAUAACAUAAACUGCAAUAUUCUUGCCAUUGUGAUUGUUAGUAAUUCAAAUAAUUCAACAAAUUAGCAUAAUACUCUUGGGUAUGCAUUUUGAUCCUGUCUGCAUUGCACAAGUUUGUUCUACUGGAGUCCAGGAAUGUCACUUCUGGUACAGGUGGAACUACAAAAUUAAAGUUUAAUAGAUGGUAUGGAGAGAAAAAAUAAACUGUCAAAAGAACAGUUAACUUUCGGAUAAGAACUGUGUAUUGCAAACAAAUAUGUUGCCAAAUAUUUUCCUAAUUUUUAUUAUAUUUUUCUUUAUAUACACAAUAUACAUGAAAUGUUUACAUGUUGGAUUUUUAAACUGUCUCUGAUAUAUUUUUUGUGAAUAUUGUUUUUGAUUCCUGUCAGCAAAAACAAAUUGGCACCUUGAUGCUACCUUAAUCAGUGCUAAGCUCACCAGAGUAUGAUAUGAAGAAUAACAAGGGAUUUGGAUUCUUGUAAUAAUAAAAUAUCUGAUCAACUUGUGAAGAACAACAGCAGAAAGUUGUCAAUAGAAACAGAAAGUGUUAUAAAGCAAAGUUUACGAACUAUUCAUUCAACCUUAUGAGAUCAAACAACAGAAUUUGCUAAAGCUGCCAUAUGUUUAACAGAGGAAUCUUUGAUAGUAAGCAUUGCAUAUCAGAUUAGUGAAACAUUAUAUAUGUUAAGAUAUUAAUUUUUGAAUUGUAGCAAGUUAUGCACCGAUGUUAUAAAAUAAUUACAAAUUUAGUGCUUUUCUCCCAUAUUUUUUUUGUAAUUAUAAGGCUUUUUUUUAAUAUACAAUGGGUAUAUAAAUAGGCAUAAAAUGUCAUCUUUAGUUCGUAUGUCCCAGUGUUUUUUCUUGUUGAUAAUUUUCCAUUUCAUCAUAAUGCAAGCUGACAAUUUUACUUAGUGUUUACUGUAAAUGUUGAUAUUGAAGGACAGUUUAAAGAGAUAAUCAUUGAAACCCUCCAUGGAUACGACUCGGGUCCACAGGGAAUAUCAAAACUUUUUUUACAAUAUAAAGUUUAUUGAAUAGAAGUGGUGCUCUGCCUUUGAAAUAUUGUAUACUGUUUGCAUAUUUUGGCAAAUUCCCCAUACCCAGAUUUAUAAUUUUAGUUCUUUGUAUUUAGUAAACAUUUUGUUUUAUGUAUCCCAGUCACUGUUUUUUUUUUCUUCUCUUCUCUUGCUUAAGUUAUGUAAUAUUAAUGUGUUUACAUUUAAUCCAUGUUUAGUCCGACUUUGGUCAAUCAUUUAUUUACUAUUAUAUUAUUUUCUCUUUAACAAAACAAGCUAUUUGUUGAUUGGAUUAGGUUAGACCACUAAUUUGGUUGAUUUUCUGUAUAAUUUUUUUCAGUAUUUAGUGUGAUGUCGAUCAGUCAUCCAUGUUGCUAGGUCAGAUAUUGUGAACAAUGUUAGGUGUUUCUUUUAUUUGGUAAGAUUCAUUUUCUUUAUUAUUAUUUUUGAAAUACUUUAUUGAUUAUAAUUACACUUUUCAUAUACAAUUAUAUAUAAAUAAUAUUUUGCAAUGUUAUUUUUUUCUAAUAUUCAACCAAUAUCAAUUCCGAGUGGAAUAACCGCCAUAUACAUAUACAAAUGUACAGCAAUUAUUGCAUUAAACAAGCCUGAUUUUAAUUCACAAUAGUGGCUAACAAAAGAAUCUAUUGAUGUGUAGCAAAAUUUGAACGGUGUAAUAUUGGUGUCACCACAGUCUAGACCUGCACAUACCUUAUAUAGGCAUGCUGUUACUAGGAUAAAGGUGUAAAGAAAACAUACAAGAGAUUUCCUCUUUGGGAUAUUUUUUAAUGUUUAUUGCCAAAUGAGGCUGCUUUGUUCUGUUUAACACAAUAUAUAAUGCAUUCAGGAAUUAAUGAUGUGUUUUAUUGUAGGGGAAUGGUUUAUCAUUUUCAAAAUCAUCCAUUAUUAAUAUUUAAAAAAAAUAAAAUGCAAAAAAAUGUUAAAAAAAUUACAUGUGCUUUGAUGUUUUUGCCAUUCCUAGUUUUUUGUUCAAUUUUGUAAAUGAUUUUGCAAUGAUAUACAAAUUAAUUCACAAGUCUGGUUAUUAUUAUACAUUGAUUUUUUUUUUGUCGGUUGCACAUAAUUCCUGGAUGGUUGGAGCAUAUUUUUAGAUUGAUAUAUAUGCAACUAAUACAAGGCUGAUUCGGAUGUUGCAUACUUUAAUUUUAACUUGUGCAGGGAGUACCAUGUGUUUUUAUUGAUUUUAACCCACUAAAGUCUGCAUUCCAUGAUCAAUGUGAAAGAAUGUUGUUUGCCUCUAAAAUGAAAGUGAUCAUUUAUUUAUUUGUGGCUUUUUUGUCUGUUAACUUGCCUGAAGAUGUGUUUGCUACAUUCUGGUGUGCUUAUGUGAAACAUCUUGUUCCAGAUUGUGUGGCUCCUUUACAGUAGCUGCAUGGAGGAAUAACUGACCUAACAAAUACAUGCAAUAAGUUUUCCUGUAGGUAUUUCCAGAUUAAUAUUGUUAUUUUUGAUACUGCAUAUUUAUGAGGUGUUAAUGUCACUCGGUCAGCUGUAUAUAUAAGAUGUGCUUUGGAAGAUUGUAAUUGCUAUUUGCAGCUUUAAUAAUGAGUGGGAGUUGUUGGUUUGGUUCCGCAUCCUAGGUAAAAAAAUCUUGAAAAAAUUGCAUCUGUGAUAUAUGAUUUUAGCUGGCCAAGCGAGUGUAACUUUUCUUUAGAAAACUAGUCCCGAAUAGCUGAAGGGAUUUUCCCUCAAAUUUGUAUGCUUUCUGAUGAGGAUACUUGCAUUCCUUUUAGACAAAGUUUCACAAGGUCUUCUUUAACCAAAAUUAAUACACAUGUUAUGAUCUAGUGUUAGUAUUGAGGUUAUUUGGAUAAAUAAGAAAUUCAUAGUCUCGAGAGAUAAAUGAAAAAUGCACAAAAGUUGAGUGAUGCAGGUCCAGUGGGCCUCUUAUCUGAUAUGUUGUUAAACUUGGGUUGGUACAACAGCUAUUUGCAAUAAAAAAUGAAGUGGCAGCAUGUUCUAAUACUAAGGAAAUACAUUGAUGAAAGCAAGUUCUGGUUUCCUGAAACAUUGAUAUUCCUGUGAGUCUACACCUUAUUCAGCAAGUCAAAGAAAGCUUGUGUUUACAGCUAUUUGGGAGGAAUGGCCAACAUGGAGUUUCAUUCUCAUUCGUUAGAUAUGGUUCAAUUGAUUACUCAUUUCUGAAAUCCAAUUCGUGUUUCAAAAGGGGGAAAAAUACAGAAUUUUCUUUUUCAAUUGUUCUUAAAUUGAUCAUGGAAUGUAGGCAAAUUUAUCCAGCAUAUUGUAUAUUAUAAUGUAACAUUUUGAAAUGUGUACAAGAAGGGGUAAAAAAUCUGUUCGUCACACAUGAUUUAAAACUAGGGGAAUAUGUAAUUUUAAUUACAGGGGCGGCAACUAUAAGGUGUGGUAUAAACAACGAAUUUUGUGAUGAUUUAUUUUCUUCUCCAAUUCCAUGACAGGAAUUUUGUUUGAGGAGUCGGACAUGUAUGUGAUCCCUGCUUGUCACUUCUUUACAUUUUUCUAACGAUUUCUUGUUCAUAUAUGUAGAUAGAAAAAAAUAUUGCGGUAUGUUAAGAAACAUUUUUCCUGAUAAAUUGCUAGUUUUCUGUCAGAAUCUUCACAACCUAUUCUUGGAUAUUAUUUUUAAAGUCCCGUGUUAGUUGGUACUGUGUUUUGUUGUCUGUGAUCCAGUUUGGGAUGCGUUUUUGUUCCAUGUUGUCACCGAUUGAAAUUACAUAUCGUCGGUAAUAUUUUAAAAAACUUUUGUACAUUAAUCCUUCCAACACUUGGAAUUGGGUUUAAAGUAUUAAUUAAUUUUACAUGACAUUGUGACAAAAAUACUAUUAUCGGUUCAAGUCUUGCCCACUACCUCAAUAUCAAGGACUGCUUAUGAAGAUACUACGAAUAUUUACAAAACUGGAGUCAAGUUAAAACUUUGUAUUAAUUCAAAACUUUGAAUUGAAAAUAAGCUAUAUUUUAUGAGACCAUACUUUUUUGUUUGGAAAUACUGAUACUGAAGAGGGAAAACCAAUAAUAAUCAGAAAGUGAAAAUCUGGUCAAUUUAUAAUUAGGAGGAGAAACUAUGUCUAUCAGUGCAGUCCUUGAGAGAAGAUAGGGCUUAGAACAAAACCCUUCCUUCCUCAGCCAGUAUGCUGUAUAUAUACAUAAUAAUAGGAGUUGUGUACUUACCGACAUUGUUUAUAGAAAUGUAUCUUUUUAUUAUUGAUUACAUAUCUACAUUUGUACAAAAAGUGGGAAACUAAACACUGGACAAGUUAUGACAUAUAAACAGUCAGAACUGAGCAUCUCUGGGUAUGCUGUUGUAUACAAAGAAUGCAUGAAUCAGCCUUUUCUUUAUACAUAUACUCAGCAUUAUAUUAGUUGUUCUUUUCUGCUUUCCAACCAGAAGGGAAUUUUGUGAUAGUUUACACAAGUAUUGAUAUAUAUUAUUACUAUUUUUGAAAAGAAAAAAAAUUAACUAUAAUUUCCUAUUGUUUAUGUCCAGGAAAUUGUAUGCAAGUGGAAUAAAGGUGUUUCAUUCAA